UGUCUCCACAGCGGAUGCUGCUAUGGUGCGUACACCAGCGACACCUUAGCGGUGACAUCCAGGUCCUGAUUUGGGUUUUUUUUUUUAAGUAAGAGGAGAAGUCAACGAAAGGGUGUUUACGCGUUUUUAGAGAAUAUGAGUAAAGUGGACGCGCCAUGUCGUUCCAGCGCCUCUCUCAAGUUCACUAUUGAUAACAUCCUCAAUCUUAAAACAAGCGGGCGCGCCACUGACAGCUGUCACCCCCACGGAGAGCACCAUGACUCGGUCACGGAGGCGAGUACAGGCCGCAAACUGCAUGGACCCGGAACCCAGCAGAGGCUAGGACCCGAAUCCAUGGUUAAGGAUGCAGACUUUAUCCCAGAGAGCAACGCGGCCACCGAGUCGGCUGUCAGCGGCCGAGGAGACCAGAGGAGGGCGGUGGAUGCGCGUUUCGAGAGCGGGGACAGCAGCUGCGACGACUGCAGCUCCACUACUACCAUCAUCGCAGAGCCGCUUAAAGGUGACAGCCCCGCAAAGAAGAACAAAAUGAUCACGAAAAAGAAGACGCGCACCAUUUUUUCCAAAAGACAGAUCUUCCAGUUGGAGACUACCUUCGACAUGAAGCGCUACCUGAGCAGCGCCGAGCGCGCCUGUCUGGCCAGCUCCCUGCAGCUCACGGAGACCCAGGUGAAAAUAUGGUUCCAGAACCGCAGGAAUAAGUUGAAACGGCAAAUCUCGAGUGAAAUCGACGGACCGGUUAGCGACUUCCCUGACACGGUGAAGCCGGUCAUGGUGGGUCAGCUCCCGGCCUUGUACAAGGAGAGCAGCCUGCUGGGGAGGUGCCUGCUGCCGAUGCCGUUGCCCGUCGUGUACCCGGGCUCAAACACGCCUUACCUCUGCUUCUCAAACACCAGCAAGUACUUCAGCCUCUACGACGGGGACGUAUGAUGCUUCCAGCAAGUCCGCAUGUGCAAAACAGACACUUUUUUAGUGACAAUUUUGGAGCAUUUAUUAAUUAAGCCUAUACUGUAUUUUCAAGGAGCCGGAUAUGAGUCCUUCAAUGUUUCAAUUUAAGUGGGAAAUUAGGAACUCAUCGCAUAUAAAUGACCUGUUUUUGGUGUUAUUUAUUUAUUAGCCUGCUUUCUGUGUAGGCCUAACACUUCCACUUGUAUAGAGACAAUAACAGGCCUAAGCAGAAGAUAAAAGCCCAGCCGUGGCCUACAUUAUUAACAUAUUAUUGUUUACAUCAUAGCCCGUUAUCGUUGUUAACAUCAACAGCGUUUCCAGCAGCCAUGCCACCAAAGACAUUAAUAUACCUUGCAUGCGUUUCCAUAACGAAUUUUUAAUUACAGAAACGUAUUUUAAUGAAUGCCAUUAACAUUUUAUUCACGCAUGUCUAUAUAUUUUUUUUUUCUAUAAGUAAUCCUACGCUUACGUUAUUCCACAUUACAGCAUUUACUGCAACUGUUAAUUAAAACAAGAAAAGUGUUUUCUUUAGCUCCAAGUUUUACUCGUCACUAUUUGCACAUCUGUAUUUAUCACUUUUUAUUAUUGUUUUUAUCAAAAGUAUGUAUUUUUAUUACUUGUAUUUUUUAAUAUUAUGGAUUUGACGUGACGUCAGACUCCUGUAGUGACUCUGCUUUGGCAAGUUGGGCAUUCAGAUUGGUCAAGAAAAGUGGCAAAAUGUUGAUGUCAUUUGUAUAAAUAGAUACAUGACACUAUUAAUAUAGCAGUAAAUAACUGGUUGGCACACACAGGGGAAAGAAAUGUUGGAAAUGAAUGAAUAUUGGCCUGGCAUGCAUGCAUCAAAUUAAAUAACUUUUUUUUUUUAAAGUAACAGCACCAAAGUUAUUACAAUUCACAAAUUAGUCAACUUUCUUAUUAUCAAACUGUGAUGUGAGUGUUUGCCACAUUGGAAAGUAUUGUAUUCAAUGUAUCUUUUUUUUUUUUAAAUCAGUAUAAAUACUACAGUAUUGGAGGUGCAUUUCAGUUCACAAUGAAUUUUUUUUUCUAUAAGCAGAAUAGUUGAUAAAAUAAAAGUAUUGGGAAUUUUAAAUGAACAUUUCUAUAGACAAAAUAAAAUCUCCUAGGGAAAAUAAUACUGUAAUUUGUAGCCAGCUGGUUUAAAAGUACACGGCCCUGCUGUUGUUUUACUAUAUCCAAUCAUCCAGGUAAUCUAAACAGACAUAUAGCCACAAACUAAGCAUAAUAUAAAUGAUGAGUUCAGACUGAUCUGAAGUCAUUCGGCAUAUACUAUACAAAGACCUGCUUUUUUUGUGUUAUUUUUUAAAAAAAGAGGUGGUACUAACAUAUUGUAGACAAAAAAAUGACCAUUCCAGUUCAAAUGAUGGCUAUGCCAUUUGAUUUAAAUGCAUUUAAAUGAAAGUCACUUCAUCACAAACCCCUAAACUAAUCAAUAACAUGCUUUCAUUUCAUAUAAAUUGAAAAAAAAUCUCAAUCUGUACUCUAAAAUAUGAAUCUGUGUAGCACUAAGCAGCAGUAAGGAACAUUAUAUUGCAUUUUAACAUUCAGCAGUAGUGAUUUCAUCAUCGGUGCACUGUAUCGACCGCAUUUGGAAGAACAAAAUAUGACAAAAAUAUAACUCGCCACAUGUACAAACAAUGUCAAGACAAAUUUGACGGGAUGGUAAUGCUACUGUUAUAAUCACAAAAGCAAAAAAAUAA